AUGGAAUACACUAUGUUGAAAGAUUUAAACGACACUCAUGACACCUGGAGAAUCAGGGUAAGGAUCUGCAGACUCUGGGAUUCAACCAAUCCUCAGAAAAAUGGGGAACUCAUUAGUAUUGACAUGAUAUUCAUCGACGAGAAGGAAAACCUCAUGCAUGCAACAAUCAAGAAACACCUAGCUUCUCGCUUUAGACAUCUUCUGCAGGAAGGAUCGACUUAUAGCAUCAAAAAUCUGCAAGUCGUAAAAGCUACAGGAGAUUACAGGCCUCUCUCAAGUGAAUUCAAGUGCAUAUUCUUAGCUACAACAUCCCCGAAAAAGCUUCAAGAAGACACUGUUCAGAUUCCAAGGCAUGGCUUCCAGUUUGUGAUGCCUGAUGACAUUGAAUCAAGAUUGAAUGACCCAGCUAUACUAACAGAUGUUGUGGGUCUUCUGUCUGGUAUUGGCGAAGUUGAUAUCGUAGGGAACAACUGGAAGAAGAGAGAUCUUCAUAUCAUAACAAACCACUCAGUCAAUGCAACUAUUACUCUGUGGGGAAAGCACAUCGAGCAGUUCGACCCAAAAAUAUACAAAGAAGAAGACAGCCCUCAUAUCAUAAUUGUUACAUCAACGACAAUUAAGAAAUUCAAAGGUGCCGUCUCUUUCAACUCAACAAACAACAGCAAGAUAUACAUGAAUUUGGACAUCCCAUAUGUGAUGACACUCCGAGAGAGAUUUGCACAACACUCUACAAAAUUGAAGUUUAUUGAGAGCUCUAAUUCAAAUAAAUACACACUCGAAGAAAAGAUGUUCUUUCACCGGAUGAGUAUUAAAGAGCUGGUGGAUUCCAAGUGGAGUGAGGAUCUGUAG